ACAGCUGUUUUCCCUAGAAUCGUUACCGGUUGUUGUCAUUAUGAAUUACACGGACUAUUUACGUUUAAACGAACUAAAAAUUUUCAAAAAUGUGCGAAAUAGUUUGCCUAAAGGACUCACUAAAUCGACUAAUUUGCUCACCGUUAAAGAUGGAGUGCUGUACACCUGGGAUUUCGCAAAUAAUUGUGUUCUAACCUUAAAUGUGAAAGCAGCCAGAAGUCGAGAAGGAGAUAAUGUUUCGCAUCAGAACUUGCUGCCGCUGCUGCCCGUCCUUUUCCAGCCGGAAUUUUUGGUGGCCAACGACACCGGCACGCUUCUGAUAGUGGCGGGAUCUUCCGGUAUUCUGGUUAUGGAGCUUCCUGCGCGUUAUCCUCCUUACGGCGCCUUCGAGAACAACAAAGACGUAGUUUACUGCAAGAGUCACAGCUUAGACGAACGUUUGUUGUUCUGCAGCGAAGUGAUUAAAGUCCGACGAGUCCGUUUUCAUCCCGGUAGUCCCAAAAAUGCUCACAUUUUGGUUCUUACAUCCGACAACACCCUCAGGUUAUACGCCAUCGAGAACUCCACAGCAAUUAGUUUGGCCGCUUACCAAAUAGGAGAGACACCACUUGGUGUAUUCCCCGGAACUAAAACAUCAUAUCUUGCCGCUUUUGGCGAAGUGGGAGUCGAUUUUGACUUCGGGCAGCCAGAGCUCGACCUAGACACGAAAUCGCUUUUCAUCAAAGAAAAAAAUUUCUCCAGUUUGGUAUGGCCGGUGUAUGUUUUACGAGGGGAUGGAAGCGUCUACACAAUUAAUAUACCCGCAGAUCAAAAAACUAAACCAACAGUUACUGGUCCUCUUCCAAGAAACACCCGACAGGACCCACAAGAAGAAGCCUGUUCAAUUAUUUGUCUAAAUACAAAUCCGGAAGUUGUGUGCAUUGCUAAUUCCAACGGUACGAUUUAUCAUUCGACUUUACUGCCGAUUGAAGAGGAAGAAUACGCGAAGUUGAAAAGUGAAACUCCAAAUACCCCCCAAAAAGAGCUACUGUGCUUUGAAAGUAUAGAAUUGGAGUUGGGGUUGUCGACUACAACGGAAGACAACGCAUACACUUGUCCGAUUUUUUUACAUAAGGAUGAAUCCAGACCUGGACGGUAUUUUGCGACGCAUUCAGCUGGGAUUCAUUCUGUGUCUAUCACGUGUUUGAAGGAUUUGCAGAUUUACAUUAAUGGGAGUACGGAGAACCAACCUAUGGAUGACAUUUUCAACCAAGAAAGCAAAGCUGAGUACCUCGUCUGCACCAAAACCUCGGCAUCUGAGAACACAAACCCGAUAAUAGGCUUCGCUCUCUACUACGAACCCACAUCGCUAAUCGCUAUUCUAGCAGACGGCAACCUGCUAAGCUUAGGAAUCCUAACCGCUGAAAUUUUACCAACGAUCGAAGAACUAGAAGUCGAGGAUAAGAAAGGUGACGUCCCUUCCCCACUCAAAAAAAUGCUGCGUGAUCCUUUCGACCACAACAUCCAGAAAUUGCUGCGAAGAUCAUCAAAUCAGCCCAUCUUAAAACUGGGAGGUGAAGGGAAGCAUUCACAGAAGGAAUGUUACGAGUUGUUGCAAAGAGCCUCCCAAGUCUUCCGGGAGUACUUCGAAAACCACGCGCGUGCGCGUGAAGAAAUCGAAAAGCGAGUUAAAGCCCUUCAAAUGAUGAAGGAGUUCCAACUGAAGCAAAUUGAUAACAUGAACGCCGAAAAACAUGCACUAAGAGAAAAAGCUGAAAAUUUGGCCGAGAAGUACGAAGAUAUUAAAGAUAAGCAAGACGAAAUGAUGAAGAGGUGUGAGAAGUUGUUGGUGGUGGUGUCUCAGAAGGGAGCCGAACCGUCGGAUUCUGAGAAGGAGUACUUGAAGGAGUUGGAGCUGUAUAGAGACAAAAUUGAGAAGUACAAGACGUCAAUCGAGAAGUUGAAAAUGAAGGUGAAGUACCAGAAGAUACAGAUUGCGAACUGGAAGGCUCAGGAAGAAAGGAAAGUGUCUCAGAUGAGUGAAACGCAUUCGAACACGAUUAAGAAUAAUUUAAAGGAGACGAGCGAGAAGAUUCAGGAGAUGGUCAAGGAACUUAACGAGUAUAAGGAGAGGCUACAUUUAAAAUAGUGUUUUUACUUUUACUUUUUGUUGAACAUCGAAAUGUAUGUAUGAGUGGUUUAAUAAAGUAAUGAUUUUUGUAA